CAUAAAUACACAUUGAAACAAUAUUUUAUUGAAAAAAUAACGCAAAAAUAUCUACGUAUAUUUCAAAAACAGCAGAAAAUGCUUUUGGGUAUUUGCUUGCAACCGGACAAGCUUUACCACCAAACUGUGAAAAGAAAUUUUCGUAUUUCACAAGCCACAUUGGAACUGGCAAAUGACGCAAAUGAUACGUUCCGAAAGGUUUGGGUCAAAAAAGGAACCAAGGUUCACCUGAUUGCUUGUCUAAGCCGCUUUGUACCUAAUGCUGAACUCGAUUUGGAUUUCACAGUUGGAGAAAAGGUAACAUUUUAUACACAAGGAGCUAAUGAGGACGUGUACUUGGAGGGUUUUUAUACCUCACAAACGUCAAAUACCAAUCUUGUGAAGGAAGCCACACAACCAAAAACAACAGAAAAAAAUCCUGUAGUUUUACAAUGUAACAUUUGUAAUCUUACAAUUACAAACAAUCGCAGUAAUUUCAAAAGACACAUGAAACUUCAUGAACCCAUGCAGGAAGUGUAUGUAUGCAACUUAUGUGGACAAGUAUACCAAAACAAAUACAAUUUUAAUGUGCACCAUGCUCGCGACAUUGGCAAACAAAUAUAAAA